AUGGUAACUUUAGGGCCUUUGGGAGUAAUCUUGGGUCACAUUCAAUGGGUUUUGCAAACUAAUGCCAUUACUUCUAUCAUUUGUCGAAAUAUUGUUCUCACACAUCUGGGCAAUCAAAUAUUCGAUAUAACGCUCUACUUGAAUGGGCAGACAGAAUUUUUGAAUAGGGCCAAAUUCAUUAAAUAUAAUAAGAAUGAUAAUGAAUCUUUUCUCAAAGCUUUUAGUGAAAAUUGGCAAAUAACCAUACCUUUGUUGAUGAUCCACUGUAUUAGAAAAAUGACCAUAAUAACUAUUUUGACAUUACUCUCAUUGAUACCGUUGCUCGGCCCGAUAGUGACAAAUCAAUUGCUUAGUGGAAGAAGAGCUUUUUCGUAUAUGGGUCGUUAUUUCACUCUGAAAGGUGGAAGCGCCAAGGAGAACAAGGAUUUCCAGUAUGAGCAUUUGGGACUAUUCUUUACCUUUGGAAUGGCAGCUGGACUGCUUGAGUUUGUGCCCUUGUUUUCUGUCAUAACGAUUAUCAGUAAUACCAUUGGCGCUGCAAAGUGGAGUAUAGAUUUGAUUAAGAAAAAUCAAAAUUAA